AUGAUGAUGACUUGCCGUCUGCUGUGCGCCCUGUUGGUGCUCGCCCUGUGCUGCUGCCCGUCCGUGUGCGUGAGAACGGAUGACGCGGAAGGAGAAGAUGACUCCAGUGAUCCGUCUCUACCGCCAAAGGAGCAAAGUCGGGAGACUGAACCUUUAAAUUCAAAUACCCUUCCAGCACCGCAACCGGUUAUUGCCAGCGCGACAGCUCAACCAGUUAAGGCCGUUACGGUAGAGGGAUCAUUUGUGUUGUCCGCUACGCAAGAUGAAACAGGUGCGCCUGAUCAUUCAGAGUCAGCCGAUGGAGACACCAAUAAGGUACAAACGGAAGGUAAGGAAAGUACGACAGGGACACCAAGUAGCACGACUAUCUCCGUAGACGAAAUAGUUAAGAAAGCCGAAGAUGCUGCCGCGACGACUACAAAUACUACAAAGGCACCAAUUACGACAACCACUACUACUACGACGACCGCUGCGCCAGAAGCAAGAAGUACUACGGCCAUGAAUACGGAGACGCCAACCACGACUACCACCCGCGCACCGUCAGGUCUGCGCGAAAUCGACGGCAGCCUUGGCAGCUCUGCGUGGGUGUGUGCCCCGCUGCUGCUUGCCGUAUCCGCGCUGGCGUACACCACUGUGGGCUGA